AUGCAGGAACUUCGGCUUCCAGAAGAUAUAGAGGUCUCCUCUGUUAGUAGAGGACCUCUGUUCGAUUGCCGUUCACCAGACGAUUCCCUACAUUUAUGGCCUUUUUCCAGUGUCCAAAGCUUCCAUCAACCACUUACCAGUUGGCAUGGACAACACAAUCGUGGUUGGCCUAUCGUAUUGACUUGUGGCGACCUCAGCAGCUUGAAUAUUCUUGUCUGCGGUGAUGAUAUUAUUGGCGUCAUUGACUGGGAAACAGCCGGUUGGUACCCGUCAUACAGGGGAUAUACAACAGCUUGCCAAGUCAACCCCCAGAAUUCUGUAUAG